AUGGUUGAUCCACGUGAAUCCGUUCCCAGGUUUCUUGCCCAGUAUAAAGGCAAUACCUAUGUAGAAGGAUGGGCGAAAUUGUGGGAUCGAGGUGACUGCCUGAAUUGGGAUAAAGGAUUCCCAAACCCGGCACUGGAGGACACUCUAACAGAGCGACAGUCCAUUCUCGGUGCGCCAACAUUCAAGGAUGGGAAUGGUAAUCGGCACAGAAGAAGAGCUCUGGUCCCUGGCUGUGGUCGAGGAGUAGAUGUUCUUCUUCUAGCCAGCUUCGGUUAUGAUGCGUAUGGAUUGGAAUGUAGCCAUUCAGCAAUCGAGGCAUGCAAUGCGGAAGAGGCCGGAACAAAAGCCACGUAUCCCAUCAGAGACCCUAGUGUUGGGAGAGGCAGCAUCACAUUCAUACAAGGUGAUUUCUUUGAUGAUGCUUGGUUAGAGAAACUGGGCCUUCAACAAAAUGCGUUUGAUCUGGUAUACGAUCACUUGGUAAGGGCACUUCCUUGUAUUCCAAUGAUCAUUUGGACAGGAGCUGUGGUGCUCACAGAUCCAACAGUUCUUCUGCGCGUUAAAUCCUUCUCUUCGAUCCAGAUGGGCCUUGCGACAGACUCAGCUUCUUGCCUUUAA